GGUCCCUUUUCAGUCCAAGGUCACAGAGACUCGAGUCUGCAGUACAUGAGGUUGGGGACUGCGUUCCGGAUGCUACAGAAGCACCGUCGUAGGGGACUUGCUCAAUAGCCAUGAAGAGCCCAUCCAAGGCCAGUGGCACAGCCUCCAGGUAAGAAGUCCAGUUCUUCCAGCCCACACCCCUUGCCCAGGGUGCUUCCUAUUCCAAGUAAUGGAAAGCGAGUACUUCCCUCAGCCCUGGGGAAGAGGACCCCUUCUCCCUCAGCUGCAGAUAUAAGUUCCCGCCUCCCAGCCUCAGCCCAGAACAAGCAGCUACUCACACCAUGAAGCUCAGCCGCCUCCUUGCCCUUUGCCUCACCCUCUGCCUGGUGGGCUUGGCCAGCUCAGGAAAGACCUCAGCCAAUCUUCAGCAAGAGGCUUCCCAGGAGUUGCUCCAAACUCCCCCUGCCCUCUGCCAGCUCCCCGCAGUGAGGGGCCCUUGCAAAGCCUCUUUGCACCGAUACUUCUACAACUCUACGUCCAUUGAGUGUGAGCCCUUUACCUAUGGUGGUUGUCAGGGCAAUGCCAACAAUUUUGAGACCACAGAGGUCUGUGUGAGGGUCUGCAAACCCCCUGGUGAGUCCUCUGAUGGAAACAGGAGGAGUAAUGGAGGUGACAGCAUGCUGGGCAUGUGAAGGGAGGUGGUGUUGGCGAGGAUGCUGGCAGUGAUUCAGAUGAUCAUGUAAAUAUGGAAGUUGGUGAUGAUGGGAAUAAUGGGAAUAAGAGAUGGGUCACCGUGGGCUGGUGAUGGUGGUAAUGAGGUGUAGACAGUAAGGCUGCGGUGGAUGGUGGCAUGGAUAGUAAAGAUGAAAGGAAGCUUGGUUAUUGCAGUAAGCCCUUUUAAAAUACAUGGUGGGGCUGGUAAAGGUGAAGACGGCAAUGUAACUUUCACAGGGGGGAUCCUGUUGACAGAGGUGAUGAACGUGAUUGUAGCACUGAUCAUGGUGGGAGGUGACAGAAAUGAGGAGGCCCCCAGGUUGGUGGGUGUUGAAGGGGUUGGGUAAGGAGUCCAGCUUGAUGGCUCUGGCUCUAGGUCGCCAACAGGUCAGCCAAAUAGGGAGCUGGCUGUCAUCUCCCUUACAGAGACCAAGGUCAAGAGCAGCUGAAGGUGAUACCUGCACGUUCCCAGGCCUUGACCGAAAGCUGGCUCGGCUGCCAUUCCUGCGCAGAGGCCCUGCUCUGAGCCCAUCCUGUAACCCUCCGGGACUGAGUCAAUAAAGUGUUCAAAGUUGA